GAUAGCCUCUGGACACAUAGUGUUGGUUUGAAUACUGUGUCUAAAGCGAAGAUGUAUUCUGUCACCGUUAAAGCCUGGAACGGGCAAAAACAGGUUUGUACCGAAGCGUUUUUCUCAGAUUGCCUCUGAGCAGUAGUGUCGCAGACUGACUGAGCAUGCGCAGUAACUAUUUCUUUUCCCAAAAUAUAGCUGAAAAUCAGACGGAAGUAAAUAUACUUAUGCAAAUUAUAUUCAUAAAAUAAACACGUGUAUUAGUUGUAUUUAUAAAUAAAACUUUUUCAGUGCUGAAAUUAUAUACUAAAACAAUUAAUCGCCUCAGGCUUGGUGAUUACAAGCCCAUAUUCACGUCGCCUUCGGCUCAGUGAAUGUAGGCUUGUAAUCGCCUCCUCUUCGACGACUAAUUGGUUAAAUUGAGAAAUUGGUAACGCUGAAGGACUGAAACUGGAUGGACAUCAAUGUCAGCCAUUCUCCACUUCUCUUCGGGACCAACAAUUUUUGAAUUUACAUGGGUUUUCUUAUAAUUCACCCUUUUUAAUAGGUGUGCUACCAAAAUAAAUAUGGAAUCAUGCCUCUACCUCAACAUGGCGGCUCCUAUCCCUCGGCUACAGUUAACAUAGCAGGAAAUACGCGUGUCAAAGACUACUGCAUGGCUGUCGGCGUGCAGAAGACAGGAACAACUGCUGAUGGAUGGACUCAGAAUGCCAAUGGAUACGACUCGGCUAGGAGCGAUUCUGAUUGGCCAAAUUCUCAGUACAACCAUGUAUCGCCGUAUGUUACAGUGUGGUUAAAAUGAACGGUUACAAAAACAUCAAACGGUUUCUUGUUAUGCUUUAUUACUUUAUAAUCAACGUAGACAUAUAUUAACCCAUAUUUUCAGCAUGCACUGUCAAUGCCUAUUAUACUACCAUUAUAACAAUGUCUAUUAUUCCAGCAC